GGGAGCGCGGCGCGGAGGCUGCCGGGAACAGGGGUGGCCCGGGGAGCCCGCCGAGACGGCGUCAGUCGUUCUUACGAAGGAUUCUUUAAAGAAAGGAACUAAAAUUUAAAAUGAUCGAGUCACCUUUUAUAAGACCUGGAAGUGGAAUGAGCUUUCUCAUACUGUUCACCCGAAGUCAAGCAUCUCUACAUUGCUAAGACACUGGAUACUGGUUUCUUUAUAGCAAGAAAAAGCUAAAUUCCUCUAAAACUCAGAAUGGGGAAAGAUUAUUAUUCUAUUCUGGGAAUUGAAAAAGGGGCUUCUGAAGAGGAUAUCAAAAAAGCUUACCGAAAACAAGCCCUUAAAUGGCAUCCAGAUAAGAACAAAUCUCCCCACGCAGAGGAAAAAUUCAAAGAGGUUGCAGAAGCUUAUGAAGUGCUGAGUGAUCCCAAGAAGAGAGACAUUUAUGAUCAGUUUGGGGAGGAAGGGCUGAAAGGAGGAGCUGGAGGACCUGAUGGACAGGGUGGUACCUUUCGAUACUCCUUCCAUGGUGACCCACAUGCUACGUUUGCAGCUUUCUUUGGUGGCACUAAUCCUUUUGAGAUCUUCUUUGGAAGAAGGAUGCCUGGUGGCAGAGACACUGAAGACAUGGAAAUGGAUGGCGAUCCAUUUGGAUCCUUUACUAGUUUUAGUAUGAAUGGUUUUCCAAGGGAAAGGAAUACGGUUGGUAGCCAACUACGUCGUAAACAAGAUCCCCCUGUCAUCCAUGAACUUAAAGUGUCAUUGGAAGAGAUAUACCAUGGCUGCACAAAAAGGAUGAGAAUCUCCCGUAAAAGGCUGAACCCAGAUGGUAGAAGUGUCCGAACAGAGGACAAAAUUCUCACUAUUGAGAUAAAAAGAGGAUGGAAAGAGGGCACCAAAAUCACUUUUCCAAAAGAAGGCGAUGAAACACCCAACACAAUUCCAGCUGACAUUGUUUUUAUCAUUAAAGAUAAACCUCACUCACACUUCAAGAGAGAUGGAUCAAAUAUAAUCUAUCCUGUUAAGAUCAGCUUAAGGGAGGCUUUGUGUGGCAGCUCGAUCAAUGUGCCGACAAUAGAAGGAAGAACCAUACCCAUGACAGUAAAUGAAGUUGUAAAGCCUGGGAUGAGAAGAAGAAUUAUAGGAUAUGGCUUGCCAUUUCCCAAAAAUCCUGACCAACGUGGAGACUUAAUUAUAGAGUUUGAAGUAGUUUUCCCAGAUAACAUAUCUCCAGCAUCAAAAGAAGUACUUAGGCGAAAUCUUCCUGUUUCAUAAAGUGAAGACUGUGUAUGUCAAAACUAUUUAAACAGGACACUGAAGAUGCAGAAGACUGGCAAGUCUGUGCUUAAAAGUGCAAUCUGUAACAGCUAGUGGAAUACUUGUUUUUUUUUUUUUUUUUGUUUUGUGGGAUGGGGGGGAUUAUUGUAAUGCUGCAUGAGAAGAAAAGAGUUAAGUACAAGUCAUACAGACUUCUGCAGUAAAAUUUACAGGGAAAACCACUCAUUUUAUUUUAGAUCUUCGUAAUCAGAAAAGUUUAUUCAGUAUUUUGCUUAAUGUAAAAUGUAAUCAGUUUUUACAAAGUCAGUGCAUAUAUUUCUGAUAAAGUGCUUGAGCCUCCAGGUAAUUUAUUUCUUACAUCCCUACAAUAUGUGUGACAUUACACAUUCAUACAGAAAUUGGAGUUCAUAGUAGAAAUACAUGCAUAAUAUGCACAAAUAUUUAAAAGGAGAAAAUGUUACAGAUGCCAUUUUUGUAUGUUACCUGCACAAAGCAUAGGCUGAGAAAAUCAGUUUGGUCUCCUGAACCCCCAUGGAAGUAUUUUCCUUAUUGUCUCAGAUUGGUGAGGGCCGUACUGCAAGUCUAGCAGAGGGCAUGUGGCUCGAGGAGCAAGAGUAGCGAGGUGGGCAUUUGCUGGGGGGUAGUCCCUCAGGGCCCAGGCAGAGCUCUCACUGGCAGUUUUCACUGGACAGUGAAAGAACACAUUCUGCAAAUGAAGUUCAGCCUCAUUUGGCUGGAGCUGAUGUAAUAGCUUGGAGUCUGUCUGUACUUGAGUGGGGAGAGAGAAGCAAAGAACACUUUAAAAGCAUUUGGCUAGCACAGGUAUUUUGAUAACAAGCUGGUCUCAAAUAUUCACUGUUUUCAAUGGCCGAACUUUCUGCUACUCCCAUAAGGAAGAAGGAAAAGUUCAAUCCUAGCUAAAGGAAAGUUUACUUAAGACGAACUGGGGUAGGGAUGGGGGUGCCCGUAAACUUCCAUGAGCUUUGGGUCAAGUUUUAGAAUGGAAAGUUAUUAGGAGUUAAUAGGAAGUACCCAUCCUUAGAGUUAAAAUGUGCAUAGGGAAGUGGAGAGCCCUCUGUAGUCUAGUUUUAUAGUAAUAGGGCUGGUUCCCUUGAUUGCAGCAUGGUUUUGGCGAAAGAAAUGCCUUGCAGACGUGUGUUCAUUACUCGUGGUUUAAAACUGUACUACAGUGCUUUAACAACACUUCUAAAGAAUAUUUUUUUUCUUUAUAAGAAGAAAAUAUGUAAGGUUUGCUAUCAUUCUUUUGCCCGUGGAAAUGUAUUAGUUGCCUGUUCUUUUGGCUUAUGAGGUAACAGUGUUAUCUUCAUAUUAAUGACUUCCUGUAGUAAAGUAAAUAAUAUGGAAAUUGGGAUUUAAUUUACAAUAACUUUUUAAUAAGCACAAGAAGAAUCCCAUUUCAGUUACUCAAAAGAAUACAACUUCUGGAAGAUACUGUUUGAGUCGAUUUUUCAACUGCAGAUCUUUCCAUACAGUGUCAGCCCCAUGCAGUCCUAAAUCUAUAAGGAUCUAAACAGUUGCUGGAGUAGUAUCACAAAGAGAAAAAUCUGCUGCUUAGUGCUAAUGCAUAUUGUUAACACUAUAUAUUGUUUGUGUUUAAAAACUUAUCAUUUCAGUAUGUUCUGUAUUGCAUUUCUUAUUUCUUUUUUUAAGUAAAAAGUGUAAACUUGGUUUUUAA